UUAGAAGCAGAAGUGCCCAGUCUCCUUAUAUCUUGUGGCUCCUCCAUUCUCAACAUACAGCUUGCGUGAUCUCUAUGCUCAUUUCUGUCAAGCCAUGGAAAGAGAAAGAUCCACAUGAUCCACAUGAAGAAUCACAUUGUGGGGUGGUUCGGAAGCCUGUGACUUCAGACCUGUGUUCAUCGGGGCCUUUCACCGGCCAUCUCCCGCAGAGUACUUUUUCGCAAUCAGUUUUAUCGCAAGCAAAACGUGGAAAAUAAGAUCCACACCUGACAAGUUUGUGCCCAGGGUCACAGGCGAAAACACCUCUUCGGAAACUCUAAAGCGCCGGAUAAAUAAGCGCUGCAACAGGCAACCACACGCGAACCCCUUUCAGCUGCCAGUCCCGGGACUCGCUCCUGUCUCCUCCCCUCUCCAAGACCGCGGAGUAGGAAGGAGGAUUAACCCCUGGGGGAGGAGUUCCGCCCCCCCAGCCCCCGCCCCGCCGCCCACGCCUCUCUCUGCACCUACACUUGAGCUCCCCAAGUCUCCCUCGUGCGCAGAGCCGAGGCUGCGCUUCCCUGGUCAGGCACUGUACGGCUGGCCGGCCGCCAGGAUGCAGGCCCCGCACAAGGAGCACCUGUACAAGUUGCUGGUGAUUGGCGACCUGGGCGUGGGGAAGACCAGCAUCAUCAAGCGCUACGUGCACCAGAACUUCUCCUCUCACUACCGGGCCACAAUCGGCGUGGACUUCGCGCUCAAGGUGCUCCACUGGGACCCAGAGACUGUGGUGCGCCUCCAGCUCUGGGAUAUCGCAGGCCAAGAAAGAUUUGGAAACAUGACGAGGGUCUAUUACCGAGAAGCUAUGGGUGCAUUUAUUGUCUUCGAUGUCACCAGGCCAGCCACAUUUGAAGCAGUAGCAAAGUGGAAAAAUGAUUUGGACUCCAAGUUAAGUCUCCCUAAUGGCAAACCGGUUUCAGUGGUUUUGUUGGCCAACAAAUGUGACCAGGGGAAGGAUGUGCUCAUGAACAAUGGCCUCAAGAUGGACCAGUUCUGCAAGGAGCACGGUUUCGUAGGAUGGUUUGAAACAUCAGCAAAGGAAAAUAUAAACAUUGAUGAAGCCUCCAGAUGCCUGGUGAAACACAUACUUGCAAAUGAGUGUGACCUAAUGGAGUCUAUUGAGCCGGACGUCGUGAAGCCCCAUCUCACAUCAACCAAGGUUGCCAGCUGCUCUGGCUGUGCCAAAUCCUAGUAGGCACCUUUGCUGGUGUCUAAUAGGAAUGACCUCAUCAUUCCACGAAUUGUGCCUCUAUUUUUACCAUUUUAGGUAAACGUCAGGAUAGAGAUACCACAUGUGGCAAACCAAAGAUCUAUGCCUCUAUUUUUUCAAUGAGAGAGAAAUAGCAAAUGUUCUUUCUAUGCUUUCCUCACCAUCAUCACAGUGUUUACAAACUUUUGAAAAUAUUUAGUCUGUUACAAACUUCUGUCGUGUAGCUGACCAAAAUCCUGCAGGGCCACAGUCAGCCCUGUUAUUUUCUUCUUUUAAUCAGCAAACGCCUCAAGUCUUAAAAUAAAAGGGGAGAAGAACAAACUAGCUGUCAAGUUAAGGAUUGGCUUUCACCUUGCCCUGGUGUCUUUGUCCAGAUUUCAAUAUAUUCUCUGAUGGCCUGACAGGCCUAUUAAGUAGAUGUGAUAUUUUCUCCCAAGAUGACCUCCAUUCUCGACAGACCUAAGAGUUGCCUCUGAGUCAGCUCUUUGGAAUCAUGAACACAAGUGUGCUAUAUUUUCCUUGUCCUAAUUGUUACUUGCCAUAGCCUGAAUGUUGGCUUAACUGAAUAUUGUAUGAAAAGACAUGCCUCCAUAUGUGCCUUUCUAUUAGCUUUCUCUGACUCAAGCUGUGGGGCUCCUCUAUACAUGUACUAUAUAUUAUAUAUAUUUUCGCAAGUGAACAAUAAAACAUUAAAAGAU